GAAAUCCCCACGUGGUUUCGACUCCUGUAUAAAAACUUUGGGUGUGCGGAGCCCCUGUUGUCGUGAUUGCAAAGGGAGAAAAGGGUCUCAGUGAGCAGCAUCUUCCAGGACGCACGGAGCUGUCCAUCCACAGCCGGGCGCACCGGAGACUGUACCCAGACGCACAGACAAAAGGCACGGGAGUCGCCGAGCGCAGUUGUUCCACACUGGACUGCAGCUGACAAAUUGGAUUCCCCAAUUCCCCAAGUGUGUGUUUUUUAUUAACAUUCUCUGUGUUUUUUUGAAUGGGGAAAACCCAUCUCAACGCCUUUUGGACAUCGGAAGGGGCUUAUUUAGACCCUGCCAAGUUUCGGUGAGGCAUUUCGUCCUCGUUUGUUUUGGUAGAUUACUUUUCGAUCCAUGGUAUGACAUGGUAUGACAUCGCGUCAACAAUCAACACUUCUGGAAAUACGUCUCGCAAUCAAAGAGACGAACUUUUGUGUUCUUGUUUUUUUUUUUGGAGGGGAGAGGAGGACGUGAAAGCGGACAACAAGUUGAACGCAUAUUGGCUGGAAUGAUUUAGCCCUAAACUUGUUGUUAACCUCGCGUUCUUGGGAAUACAGCGAUUGCAUGGACUUCUUGGAUAACCCGAGGCGUAUCACUUACGGAGCAAGGUCGGAUGUUAACCAGGAACUUGUGAACUUGUACACUUUUAAAUUAAACGUACCCUCGGCUUCACUCGUUUAAUAUAAUCACUAUUCCUCCCCAGAGAGUUUGGACUGUUGUCUCCAGCAAAGAAAAAUGAGCAGGUACAGUCUGACAUUGUCUUGUUUAGUUGCUUGCAUUCUCUCAGUGCGCUGCAUUUUGGCGACCGGGACAGAGACUCAAACCUUGUCCCAGGAGUCGUGCGCGUCCUGCGGCCUCAGGGCGCCGGAUCAGUCGGAGCGACUGGACGUGGACUUCUUGGAGGCGGUUAAGAGACAUAUACUGAACAGGCUGCAGAUGAGAGAGAGACCCAACAUCACCCAUCCCAUCCCGAAGGCUGCGAUGGUGACAGCCCUGAGGAGACUGCACGCCGGCAAAGUGCGAGAGGACGGCCGAGUUGAGAUCCCCAACUUUGAGGGACAUGCCGCCUACAGCAACGAAGUCCAAGAAGAGACCUCGGAGAUCAUCAGUUUCGCCGAAUCAGAUGAGCAAGUGUCAUCCAGGUCCAGCAUGUACUUCCUCAUCUCCAAUGAGGGCAACCAGAACCUGUACGUGGCCCAGGCCAACCUGUGGCUCUACUUCCGUGUGCUGCCCGCUGGCCCCGAGAAAGGGCCCCGCCGGAAGGUGACAGUCAAGGUCCACUACCAGGAGGCCGGAGCCGCCGGCGGUGCAGAGGGAGGCCCGGGCGGCGGCGGUGGCGGUGGCGGGGGCGCAGGCCGCUGGGCCCUGGUGGAGAAGCGGGUGGAUCUGAAGCGCAGCGGCUGGCACACCUUCCCCUUGUCAGAGGCGGUUCGGGCUGUGUUCGGGAAAGGCAGCCGGCGGCAGGACCUGGAGGUCCGCUGCGAGGGCUGCGAGACGGCUGGCGUGGCGCCGGUGUUGGUGGACCCGGGCGACCCGUCCCACCGGCCCUUCCUGGUGGUGCGGGCACGACAGGCCGAGGGGAAGCACCGCAUCCGCAAGAGGGGGCUGGAGUGUGACGGCAGCAGCGGGGGCCUGUGCUGCCGGCAGCAGUUUUACAUAGACUUCCGCCUCAUCGGCUGGAAUGACUGGAUCAUUGCACCAGCCGGCUACUAUGGCAACUACUGCGAGGGCAGCUGCCCGGCCUACAUGGCGGGUGUGCCGGGCUCAGCCUCGUCCUUCCACACGGCGGUGGUCAACCAGUACCGCGUGAGGGGGAUGAGCCCCGGCUCCGUCAACUCCUGCUGCAUCCCCACCAAGCUCAGCACCAUGUCCAUGCUCUACUUUGACAAUGAGUACAACAUUGUCAAGAGGGACGUGCCCAACAUGAUUGUGGAGGAGUGCGGCUGCGCCUGAGGGGCCCCGUUGACUUCAGCAACUUUGAACUUGGAACAGUCAAAAAGGCCUUCUGUAGCAACGGGCCGUUUUUUGUACGGUACGCAUAUCCGAUAUAUCUAUACCUACGUGACAAGAACACAAAACCGGUACAAUCCAGCAAACACAUGCGUACAUGUUGCGUAUGUACGUGCGCGUGUGUUUACACGUGUGUGUGUGUGCGAGUGUGUGUAUUUAUCAGAGUGAGCGGCCUGCUUGCUCUCCCAGUUUUGUCCAUUCCACAUGACGACGCUUAACUGGUCGGGAGCUCGGGGAAGAGAAGGGAAUGGUUAUCACCAAAUGAUCCUUUUGCUCUAGUUUGCCAUUUCUAGUCAAAAAAAAAAAUAAUGGCACAUCAUCUCUUGAAUGAAGAUUAAAAGCGCU